AUGCAUCAUCCGUGGGUCGUGCUCGUGUGUUGUCCCCACAACAAAGGAUCGAUCCUACGAGACGGACGAAGGAUCUUCCGCACAGGGGCUGAGAUCAAUGAUGGGAUCUGGGGUAUGAGGAGGAGGAGGAGGAGGAGGAGGGAGGGGAGGGGUGGCAUAGAUGGGUGGAUGCGCUUGUCUAGUCGUGUUGACGAUGUGCUACGUACUAGCCGCUCCCGCGUUUACACGGAGGGGGCCAAGAGCAACAAUGACAUCUUGCUUGCCACUCAGGUUUCAACGCAAGCGCCGUCUAAUUUUGGUGAUACAAUCCUGAAAGUGGCCGAUUGCGUCGAUAUCAGGUAUCGGGGGACGUGGUCGAGCCCAGAAAAGCAUGUCACUCAAUCCAAAACCAAACCUGCCAAGCAGGAAUCAGCUAUUUCCCAAUAUUCUGGAUCUAUGUGCUUGUGGGCCUCAAGAUGUUCGAUAUCGGAGUGCAUCUACAUCAAGGCAAAGCGGACCAAGAACCCCUACACGGACAAAUACUUUGUAUACUUUGCAAUGUGA